AUGGCCAUCGAUUAUCGGCAUGGGAUCUCGAUCCUAGAGAUCAUUGUUUACUCUCCAACACUCUUCCUUGCUCUCUGGAUGGCAUUCCACCAUGGCUUUGGCAGGAGCUCAGGGUGGUUCUUUUUCAUCCUUUUUUGUCUUGCCCGCAUUGUUGGCUCAGGAUGCUACUUGGCCACCGUUCACUAUCCUUCCAAUGCCAAUCUAUAUAUUGCAUGGGCUGUUUGCACUUCACUCGGACUGUCGCCAUUAAUCUUGGCUUGCAUUGGUCUUUUAUCACGAGCAAAUGACUCCAUUAUGCGAAAGACCGGUAAACCUCUCCCUCAGAUUAUAUUCCGAGUUAUUAGCAUAAUUUCGCUAGUUGCGGUGAUUUUGAGCAUCGUUGGCGCAACUACGAACUCAAAUAUUGGCCAAGGCCUUGUCACCACAGAGUCGAAGGUUGGGAUGAUCCUCUACCUUGUUACCUGGAUCGGUGUGCUCGGACUAUUCCUUCUGGUUUUGCAACGCAAUCAAAGUAUCGAGGAUGGAGAACAUCGCCUGCUCCUGGCCGUGGGAAUCUCUCUCCCCUUGAUCCUCGUGCGAUUGGUCUACUCUUUCAUCUAUUCCUUUGGUCACAAGAGCGCAUUCAAUAUGGUGUCAGGAAAUGUUACAAUUCAGCUUGUGAUGUCUGUCCUAGAAGAGAUGGUGGUUGUUUUUGUGUGCCUGGGCAUCGGUCUUACACUUCAAGUUCGACCCACCGCACAGUACACACAGCAGCCAAGUGUCCACAGCGGAGAAGAUAUAGUGGAACUGGAGAGUGGCCGUCUGCAGGGACAAACUGGUGAAAAAAGACGAGGCCAAAGACCGAAACGCCGGGGUGGCCCCAUUACGAGACUUGUAAUGUAUAUCGUGGAUGAAGUUAAUGACCGGAAGCAAUGA